UUUUGCUUGACUCCUUUGCCAUAUGAUGGUUCCGCGUUGCUUCUCUUUCUUUUUCACCUUGGAGUCUUUUUAGUUGCGUUCAUUAUUCACUUUUUUUUCCUACUGUGUUACAGACUCAACAUCACAAAACCUUCUUGUUCUCUGUUAUGGCUUCCUCUUCCUCUGCUUCUGCUUCCUUAACUCAAGCAAAGCAUCAUGUUUUCCUGAGUUUUAGAGGUGAAGACACACGCAAUACCUUCCUCAGUCACCUAUAUGAAGCUUUGAAAGGAAAAGGGAUUGGAGCUUAUGCUGAUUUCAAAGAACUUCCAAGGGGAGAGGAAAUUUCUUCCGCACUGUUGGAAGCAAUCGAAAAAUCAAUGAUUUCCGUAAUAGUUUUUUCUCAGAAGUAUGCUACUUCAUCAUGGUGCUUAGAUGAACUCUCCAAGAUAAUGGAAUGCAGGGAUUCACGAGGACAACUUGUGGUACCCAUUUUCUACCAUGUUAACCCAUCCGAUAUACGAAAACUAAAAGGGAGUUUUGAAGAAGCUUUUGUUGACCAUGAAAGAAACAGGAUAGACAAGGUUAAGGGGUGGAGACUCGCUUUGACUAAAGCUGCCGGUUUAAGUGGGUGGCACAUUGCUGGAGAUAAGCCUGAGCCCACAGUCAUUGAGGAUAUUGUUAAAGAUAUUGUAAACAAGUUGGAUCGGUUGUCUAAAGGUGAUUGCAAAACAACUCUUGCUCAAGCUAUAUAUGAUGAAGUCCGUGGUCAAUUUGAAAGUUAUUACUUCUUGGCAGAUGUUAGAGAGAAGUUAGAAACACCUGUUGCAAAUGCAAUCACUCUGCGGGAUCAACUUCUUUCCCAAUUAUUAAACCAGCACGGCCUCCAUAUCGGUACUCCUAGAAUGCCCUUUCUCAUUAAGGAUAGACUCCGUCGUAAGAAAGUUCUUCUUGUCCUUGAUGAUGUCAAUGAUUGGGACCAAUUAGAAAAAUUAGAAAUUAGCCAUGACCACUUUGGUUCUGGUAGUAGAAUCAUUAUAACAUCCAGAAACAAACAAGUCCUUAUAAAUGGAUCAGUUGACGAAACGUACAAGGCUAAGGGAUUAGGUUACAAUGACUCCAUUAAGCUUUUUUCGCUGCAUGCCUUCAAGCAAAACGGCCUUGUUGAUGAUUAUAAGGAUGUAUCAAAUAAGUUUUUGGAAUAUGCUAAAGGCGUUCCGCUAGCUCUUAAAGUCUUGGGUUCUACUGUUUGUGAGAAGAACAAAGCAUAUUGGGAAAGUGCAUUGAAUAAAUUAAAGCAACAUUCCGAUCCGAAAAUUCACGAUGUGCUGAAGAUUAGCUUUGAUGGGCUGGAAGAUGUAGAGAAGAAGAUAUUUCUUGAUAUCGCAAUAUUCUUUAAAGGGUGUGGUAGAGAUAGUGUAACAAAAAUACUAGACGGUUGCUAUAAUGGGACUGCUGGUUGGGCAAUUACCAACCUUGUUGAUAAAUGCCUCUUAGAUGAUACAAAAGAGAACAAGCUUGGCAUGCAUGAUUUGCUACAAGAGAUGGGUAGGAUAAUUAUCAGUUCAGAAUCUCGAUGGGCAGAAGAAUGUAGUAGAUUAUGGAAUUCAGAUGAUGUUUGUAAAGUGUUAAAGAAGGGCAAGGGGACGAAAUCAGUGGAGGGGAUAUUAUUAGACCUGUCUCAAAUUAAUAAUGAAGUACAGUUACAUCCACGUGCUUUCGCAAGGAUGCCUAAUCUUAGAAUUAUCAAAUUCUAUGAUCCUACUUUUUCUGGGAAGGGAGGUAUGUUGGUUCCUUCGCACAAAGGUCUUAAAUCUCUUCCUGAUGAGUUAAGGUAUUUUCAUUGGGAGAAUUGCAUGCUGAAAUCUAUACCGUCGAAUUUUAGUCCGAAGAAUCUUGUUGAAUUAAGAUUAAGUGGUCGCAAUUUUGAACUACUUUGGAAUGGAGACCAGAAUCUUGAGAAUUUAAGAGUGCUUGAUCUUUCAGAUUGCAAGAAUUUAAUCAGGAUCCCAAGUUUGUCAGCAUCCAAAAAUAUUGAACAACUGAAAAUUAGUGGGUGCGAAAGCUUGGUUGAACUCCCAUCCAUGGUUCAUUUGACAUCUCUUUGCUUUAGCCUACUCGGUUAUGGUUUAAAAAAUUUGAAGAAAUUUCCUGAGCUGCCACAGCAUAUCGAAGAGUUGACUUUAACAUGCACUGCAAUAGAAGAAAUUCCGGAGUCAAUCGGGUUUCUCCAUCAACUUGUUCGUUUGGAUAUGAGUGGUGGCCGAAUUCAUAAUCUUCCAAGCACUACUAUUCAGUUGCAUGCCCUUAGAGAAAUCAGUCUCCAAAGUUGCCCAAACAUCACAAAUUUUCCGAUUGUUCCGGAGAACAUAGAACUCUUAGUUUUGGGUUACACUCCAAUAAAAGAAGUGCCUUCAUCAAUCUCAAGGCUUAAAAACCUUACUUCUUUCAACAUGUAUGGCUGCACAAGGCUUAAAAGCGUUCCAACCAGCAUUUGUAAGUUAAAAUCUCUUGUAUCACUAGGUCUCUGUGGCUGUUCAAACUUAGAGUGUUUCCCAGAAAUAUUAGAGACUAAGCGUCUAAAAUAUCUUGGUUUAAGUAAAACAGCCAUAACAGAGUUAUUCUCGACUAUAUUUCGGUUUGUCCCUUUGAAAGUAUUGAAUCUAUCUGGAUCAGAUAUAGUGGAAAUUCCUAAGAGUAUCAAACAACUUUCUAAUUUACAGUAUCUAUAUUUAUCUGAUUGUGGGAACCUCGAAUCAUUGCCAGAACUUCCACCAUGUUUACAUUUUUUAGUAGCAGGAAACUGCAGAUCUUUAAAGAGGGUUUCCCAGUGGGAACAUGCGCAUUUUAUGGAAGCUGGGACAUUUUUAUUAUCUGGCAACAGUGAGUUUGUAUUCAAUAAUUGCUUCAAUCUGGACGGGGAUGCAGUCAACAACAUUGUGGCUAAUGCACAGCUUAUAGCUCAAUGUACGGCACAGGUGUUUGCGAUGAAAUCUUCUGAAGUUGCUGCUAAUAAUUUUUAUCGUUAUAGUAAUGGUUUCCUUUCUUGUUUCCCUGGAAGUAAAAUUCCAAAGACAUUCAAGAAUCGGAGUAAAAAUUCUUCAAUAACUGUCAAGUUGGGUCCAGCUUGUUCUAGUAAAAGAUUUUUGGGCUUUCUUCUAUGCAUUGUGGUUAAUUUUAAGGGCCCUCAUAAAUUCAAACACUUCGGCGGUAGUUGCCAAUAUCUAUUAACAACCGAGCGCCUUGACCGCCUUGACCGUGAUCCUCUCGAACUUACUCAUCAUUGGAAUUGGAAUGCCCCUUUCUGUCCAAGCUUUGAUUCGAAUCAUGUGAUCCUUUUUGGUAGUGGUUUUGGAAGGGAAAUCAAUGAAUCCAUAAAUAACCAUUUUGAUGAGGCCUCCAUUGAAUUCUACGUUACAGCUCAGGAUUUUGAUUCCAAUAUUGAGCAUAUCAUAGUGCAAAAAUGUGGUGUCAAUGUAUUAUAUGAGGAUGCUGUCAGAUCCAAUGACAAAGAGGUUUCAGUUGAUGCUUUUCUUAGGAUCCCUAAGAGCAGUUGGAAUGUGAAAAUUAUGGAUGUUUCAAGUGUCUCUUUGUCACCAGUAGAAAGGGUUUUCAGAGAAAUAUUGGCUAGAGAUUUGCAUCCCUUUGCUACUUACUACAUGCUAUUGCUGCUGCCGCAGCAGUUCCAGAUCGUCAAGAGGAAUCUUAUCAAGCCAAGUAAUAGCUUAAAGGGGCCAUCUGGCACUACAGAAAUGCAAUUUCACUUCAUGGGAUGUAGUCAUGCUUCAGCAACGCUUGGGUUUAUUAAGGAUGUGUUUUUAUGCUGUGCAAAGGACUGGGUUGGGUUGGUUGCGAUGUUUGUUCCCAUUGGUGCUAUGCUGCCUGUGGGAAAUUAUAGAGUUAAAGCUAUGGAUUUUGAUUCGAAUAUUGAGCAUAUCAAAGUGCAAAAAUGUUGGGUCAAUGUAUUAUAUGUGGAUGCUGUGAGAUCUUAUGACAAAGAGGUUGAAUCCUGUAGAAAUUACAGGUCUGAUUUUGAAGAGGCUGUGAAUCCAACCAUUGAGACAUUGGAAUCAAGUUGUCAUGCUAAUUUAUCAUUCACUAAGAUGAAGAGAAGAGAUGUGAUGCUUCCAUGA